UGCGUGUUCCUUAGGAGUGUUUUAAUCCAAAACACCAUCUUUUUCCUUAUCUUAACUAGUCGUUUUGGUGCCUAAUUUUAACUUUUGUCACGGCAAAACACUUAUAUUUUCUGGACUAAAUUUAACCCUAAUCUCCACCAAAACGAGUGUCAGCUCGCGGUACUCUGACUCGGCUCAAAGUCACCUAUUUUCGGCUAAACACACCUACUAACUGCUGCUAAUACAACCGAGCUGUGACGGAGGUCUGUAGCCGGCGUCACGAAGCUCUGUAGCAGCUUAAACAACUCGCAACUGCCGCUCGCAAAUUUACGAAUCCUACUAUGGCCACGCCAAGACCCGCUUGUUGGAGCCAUUACACAACUUUGUUUGUUUUGUUUAUAUACCAUGUUGGUUAUGCUAAUUAAUCUACAGUUUUAUGUUUGAGCACUGGGUGGAGCAUUGCCUCUGGGAAGGCAUAUAGGUAAUUAACAGCCAGGGAUACACACAGGUGUGUGGCUAGGGGGAAAAGCAGACAGCUUUUCACCGUGUCCGGUUUGCGCGUCAUUGUUAGAUUAGUGUGCAAAAGAAAAUAAAUGGGUAACAGCACCAAAAUGCAGACAUAUUGUGGACAUUGAUUAUUGGCACGCAGAACACGCAUCCAAUCAAGUUCUUCCCUGGUCCCAUCUCAUUGGCCUAAUGUAGGAGCAGGGAAAAUACUCUACAUUAAAGUGAGAAGCUCACUUAAGGAACUCGCCAGGAUCGCCAUUCACAUGAUACGUGAUAUAUACACUCAGCGUUAUUUAGCUUGUAGCCAGCCGACGUCACGUGACCAACCGGUGGUCUCCUAAUUUCGUAGGAUAUCUUACGUUUUGGUGUUCAUACAUUUUCUUACAAUAUCACAAGGACCCGUUCGUGAGAAUGCGUUGACAUUCCACAUAUUAUCGAUAUAGAUAUGACAGAAAUUACAGAAAAGCAUAAUAGGUCUCCUUUAAAAGAACAUUGUGGCACAAGCCUCAGAUUUCAAUAUUACAUUUGAUUAGGUCGGAAAUAGAAGUUCUUAUAAUCUUUGCAUUUUUUGUUUUAACUGCCAUUUUGUUUAUCUGCAUCACUUUGUUACAUUUCAUAUCUUGUAUUAAAAUCUGAGUUGAAUCACCUUAAGCACCUUAUUGUAAAAUCCCAAAAUACUGAACUGAGUCAUUGUGAUGACUGAAUGUUUUGUUGCUGAAAAAUCAAGACUUAAAUACAGAUUUGAGAUAUUUCAGAUUUGUUAAAUCUUAGAAAUACAUGUCAAGCACUCAUAUACUGUUAAUUCAUAUUUGGGCUUCAAUAUUACAUGUGAAGAGUUCAUUUGCAAAAUAAAGAUAAAUGCCAUUCUUUAUCAAAAGAACCCAACUCCAAUUUGAUAUUUCUUGGAGUGGACAUAAAAAAAAAAAUGUAUUUAGGAAGAUAAAAAUAAUAAAUAAUAAUAAUGAAUUCUUCAUGUAUUUAACCCUAACGUUGAUAUAUUUCUGAUUGUUUCUCAGUGUUAUAUGUAACCUGUCAAUAAAAGGAAGGUGUUGACUGAAUGUUGUGGUGCAAGAUGUCUCACUAACCUCACACAUCAGACCCAUAAAGUAAUCUAAUGUGAUGUAAACAUUUCACUAACUGCAGUAGUAUUUCCUCUCAACACUUGACUGAACGAAUCGUCAGUUGUCUUCGUUUCCAGCUUUUGUCUGAAUAUAUUUAAAAUGAAAGCUACAUGAUGCAGUUAAAGGAUCAGGAUUGUUGUUAGAUCCAAAUUACAAAAAGGUUCAAGAAUCUUAAUUUCAAAAUCAAGUAAGUGAUCUCUGAUUUGAGGAUGAACUACCAGGUUCAGGUUUUUUUUUAAAGAAGGUUUUGGUCAGCUCAUCACUGGUGGAGGAAGUUAUUCAGAUGAUUAACUAGUAAAAAAUAGCAAUAACAUGAGACAACAACGAUGUAAAAAUACCAUUAAAAGUUAAGCAUUAAAGUACUCAUUUUGGCAGAAUAUCCCGGAUCAGAUAGUUUUUUAUUUUUUUUAUUUUUUGCCGGUGACUCUUCACCAAUUUACAUCUAUUCAUCCUGGCUGUCUACAUACAAAAGUGAAAGUAACGGUUCAGUAGCCUAAUCCUCGUCUCCAUUUUGUUUGUUCUGCUGAGGACCAGAUCAGAUUUAAUUCUUUUGAAAAAAAAGCCCUAAGGACGGAAGGCGGGGUUUUUCUUUUUUUUCAUAAAAGUAAGUCGACCAUUCGUGAUUUGUUCCGUAAUAUUUGGUUAGGUGGUUUUGUUGCCUGCGUCGUGAUCGUUUGCGGUUUGUUCUGCCCCAGCCUACUUCCUCGUGGCCUGAGAUGGAUUGUGCUGAGCUGUAGAUAAAUUAAACAAGUCGGAGUUUUAGAAAACAAUGUCGCUAAUACAUAUAAUUCUUUAUUAACACAGAUAUAAUUGGCUUAACUCUUAUUUGGCAGCAUGCAGCUACUUUUAUUUCACUUAGACUUUGGACGCUUUAAUUUGAAUAUGUUUAUUAUUAAGUAGGCACCAGUUAUUAAAUACACGGAUGGACGAUGGAGUACAGAGUGACAACAAUUUGUGUCCAUGUGAAACAUUUGUGUCCUUUACAACCCUAAUUUGAAUUUGUUCUUUUUUGCGCUAUAGGAGUGGUCAUGAAGAAGAGGAAACGGCCUGACUCCUCUUCUUCUUUCACUUCUGAUGAUUCCUUCCUGCAGCCAAUCAGUGAGCCGUCCGUCAGUUCACAGAUGAGUGCAGCAAAGUCCACACAUCCCAGCUGUGUCUCUCUGAAGAGUGAUCGAUCCAUGUACAUGCCACUCAAUUUUUGUCAUGAAGAGAUACAAAGACAGCAGAGUGAAGAGUCGUCCAGUGCAGAGGAGGAUUUUAGGGAUCCAGUCUUUUUAACCAUUGGACACCAGAGAGAUACUACGGAAGACACAUUUGUUACAGGGAACAGCCAUCGUUUGAAAGCAAAGAAGAAUCUUAAAGAAACGAUGCAAAAACAAUACACCGUGGCGUACGAAGGCCAUAGUGACCAACAGACUUCUCUGGAAAGCACCUACACAACGCUCUAUGUCAUCGCUGGAGAGAGUGGAAAUCCACAUGCAGAGCAUGAGUUCAGGCACCUUAAACAUAAAUUGGAACGACGAUCUUCUACAAAUUCAGUCCACCUCUGUGAAAUCUUCAAACGGUCACAUGGCCAAGAGAAACCCCCCAGAACAGUCCUGACAAAGGGCGUUGCAGGAAUUGGAAAAUCAUUUUCUGUGCAGAAAUUCAUUCUUGACUGGGCCGAGGAGAGAACUAACCAGGACAUUGAUUUUGUUUUCAAUCUUGCUUUCCGAGAGCUGAAUCUGAGUACCGAAAAAAAAAGCUUGCAUAAGCUCCUGACUGAUCAUCACCCUGCGCUCAAUGAUAUGAGAGAUUCAGAAGAUUUAGUCAAAGCCAGGGCUAUCGUGAUCCUGGACGGCCUGGAUGAAAGCAGACUUCCACUGGACUUUGAGAACAAGCCGGCAACAUCUGUCAGUGAAGUAACAUCUGUUGGUAAUCUCUUAGUGAACCUCAUCCAGGGAAACCUUCUUCCUAAUGCCAACCUGUGGAUAACAUCCCGUCCAGCAGCAGCCAAUCAGAUCCCUGCAGAGUUUGUUGACAUGGUGACGGAGAUAAGAGGGUUCAGUGACCCACAAAAAGAAGAAUACUUCAGGAGGAGAUUCAGUAAUGACUUGAGCCUUGCUGACAGGAUAAUUUCACACAUUCACUCUUCACAAAGUCUCGACGUCAUGUGCCACAUCCCGAUCUUCUGCUGGAUUUCGGCCGUAUUAUUUCAGGAGAUUUUUGGGGGAGAAGAGAAAGCUGAGACUCCCCAAACUCUCACAGAGAUGAUGGCACAUUUCCUGUUUGUCCAGACAAUACGCAGAAGCAGAAAAUAUGACAAGAAGACUGAGGAAAACAAAGAGAGACUUCUCAUGACACACAGAGAAUUUCUUCUGAAACUCGGCAAGCUUGCAUUUGUCCAGCUGCAGAAGAACAACCUCAUCUUCUACGAUGAAGACCUGGAAGACUGUGGCAUUGACAUACGAGAGGCAUCCGUCUACUCUGGAUUUUGUAGCGCAGUUUUUAGGGAAGAAGAAAUCUUUUCCCAGAAAAAGAUCUUCUUCUUUGUGCACCUGACCAUACAGGAGUUCUUUGCAGCUCUUUUUGUCUAUGACUGUUUCACCAACAAGAAUACAAAAGAGCUUGGCAACUUCCUCGAUCUGAAGGACGAAGAACAUGCCUUACUUGAUCUUCUGAAGAUGACCGUUGAUAAAGUGUUGGAGAAGAAGAACGGCCAUCUGGACUUCUUCUUGCGAUUCCUCCUUGGCCUCAUGGCAGAACCCAACCGGAGAGUCCUUCAGGGUCUGCUGACAUCGCCAGACCCAAGCCAAGAUACCCAAAAGAAAAUGUUGACUCACCUCAAAGCCAUCCGAAGAAAGGCCCUCUCUCCAGACAGUUGCAUCAGCCUCUUCCAGACCAUGGUCGAGAUGAGAGACAACAAAGUCAAGAACGAGAUUCAGGAAUAUCUCAAAUCGUCAGAUCGUUUGAGAACUGAGCUGACUCCACUGCACUGCUCUGCGCUGGCCUACAUGCUGCAGGUAUCAAAGAAUGAUCUGGAUGUGUUGGACUUGAAGAGUUACAACACAUCAGAUGAAGGCCGAAGGAGGCUGAUACCAGCUGUGAGGACCAGCAGAAAGGCCAUACUUGCAGACUGCAAAGUGACUGCAGAGUUUGUAGAGCACCUGGCCUUGGCCCUCAAGCACCCCUACUCAGUUCUGAGAGAUCUGGACCUCAGCAGCAAUGACUUGACAGAUUCAGGAGUGGAGCUGCUAUCUGAUGGACUAAGAAGUCAUACCUGCAAACUGGAGACACUGAGGUUGUCAGGUUGUCAGGUAACAGGGGAAGGAUGUGCUUAUAUUGCCUCGGCUCUGGAGACCAACCCUUCCCAUCUGACAGAGCUGGACCUGAGCUACAACAAUCUGGGAGAAUCAGGAAAGAAGCUGCUCUCUGAGCUGAAGAAUGAUCCGCGAUACAAGCUCGACAUACUCAACGUUGAACAUGGUGGAAGUCACAGGAUGGAACCAGGCUUUAAGAAAUAUGCCUGUGAGCUCACUUUAGACCCCAACACAGCCCACAAGAACCUCCUUCUCUGUGAAAGGAACAAAAAAGUGACCUGGGUUGAUGACGAGCAGUCAUCCCAUCACCAAGAACGGUUUGAUUACUGCAAACAGGUGCUGUGUGAACAGGGUCUAGAUAAGCGCUGCUACUGGGAGGUCGAGGUGUUUGGACCCUUAAGCAUUGGGGUCACAUACAGAGAACCUGACCAGAAAGGGAAGACGGAUGAGAUGGGAUACAAUGACGAGUCUUGGUGUCUAGUUUGCUCUAAUGAUGGCAAUUACGUUUUGCACAAUAACAAGAAAGUAGAUGUGACUUCACUUGGAUGGCGCUCUAGUCGGGUGGGAGUGUAUCUGGAUUGGCCGGCUGGCACUCUAUCAUUCUACAGAGUUUCUUCUGAUAGUCGGACCCGCCUUCAUACCUACAAAACAACGUUCAAUGAGCCCCUCUAUCCCGCUGUUAAACUUGAACACACUAAGUCUUUUGCAUUCUUUUAUCAGCUAAUAUAAUCAACCUUUCAAUGCAUUCACACUAGAGCCAAUACUUUCUGUCAGAAUUGGUUAUUUCCCAUUAAAAGGUAUUAACAAAUAGUUGUAUUUGUAGUGUAACAAUGUCCUGCUGUCUAAUAGAUUGAAGUUGUAGACUCUCGGGUUUCACAAUUAAGUAAAUUUACAUCCUAGAAUUUUAAAAUGAGGUUACUGUAUUUGAUUAUCCAUUGAUUGAAAUUUCAGUCAUUUGUCAAUCCAUGAUACCAAACAGUGUGAGGAUUAUGCCAUUAACACUUCUAGGAAACUAUACUUUUGUUCAAUUUUCUUACAUUUCAUUGAAAAAAAAGCCGUAUCAAUUUAUCAAGAGAAAAAAAAAUACAAAACACAUUAAAAAUAAAAAAAACAUAAAAUACAAUAAAUCAAUAAGAAAAAAAAGAGCCUGGACUUCUUAUAUGAAAACGUGUGCUGGCAGGAGGGGGACACUCAAAUCAAUGAUGGGUUUAUCACAUUGACAACUUUAAAGGAACACGGCAACUUAUUGGGAAUUUAGCUUAUUCACCGUAACCCCCAGAGUUAGACAAGUCCAUA